CUUCCUUCCAAUGUGUUUCUCCGGACGUUGGCUGACAUCGAUAACCGUCUCUCGGAAGGACCAGAUGCCUGACUACAUAUAAACUAAGACAGAAAGGUCCAAAGUCCACAUUUCUCACCCCCAAUUAGCUCUGAGCCGACGUUUUUCCGCAACCCUUCGAUGACUUCACGAUACGUACGAUGGAAUGCGCACACACGCGUUAGCCUUGGGUUGUGGGCGCUGGCGGACUUUGCGUGUACGAAUCUGUUCGGUUGAGCGAGCCACAAGGGCUCAGGGUGCAACCAGAUCAUUGCGCGUCAAAAACACGAGGCAACGUGUGAUUUCGUCCUUUCCUAAAUCUCUUGACCGGCCCUAUCGGGACGAGUUCCCCCAAACUUGGUUCCCCGGUGUGGGCCCCGAGCCAAUAGCUGCGGCGCGUUAUAUCUUGUCCACGACUGCGAAUUGCUGUCCCUCCAGUAUCGCACCACUUCGCUCUCUCUCAAUCCCAGCGACUGGAUGCAGGCUUCAUACUCGACAGGGACUUCAGUCAAGAUCCACCAGGCCAUUCGUAUCGAAUGGGCAUCUUUCCAGGCAUGGCUGGCUGAAGAGCGACUGAGGUUGAAGCAGCGCGAACACCAUGUUCUCCUCGUAUCCCAACGCAAACGGGGGAAGGCUCGGCUGGGAGAGAAGGAGGAGCUUGCGGCAUUACACCAGGAAUUUGUUGAGAAGGCGCGCAAGGAAUGGUUGGCGCGCGUCGCUCGCAGUGAGCUGCACAUGGAGCACUGGGUUAUGACUCCCGACGAGAAAGCAGUGGUGAAGCAGAGUUUAGGCUGGACACAGUCAGAGAUGAUGGAGGCCUAUGGAAGAGAGGUUGGAUCGAAAUAUCAGCGAGUCAAUCCGAACACGCUAGGCAUGAAGGAGGCAAGAGAAAAGGUUUCGGAGGACACGAGGGGUUUUGCGGCCAGGACCACGGAGUCCGCCGCGCCCGCAUACGCGAAUUGGGCAGCUGAACUUUCCAAGGCAGCAGGACCUUCAGGUGUACAGACUACCCCCCAUACGAUUCCUCGCUCGCUCAAGUCAGUUGAACCACCUCGCAUGCCGCUGUACUUUGUCGGCGCCAUACUUCAGGGCGGCGACCUAGAUGCUGUCGCUGCAUCACAUCUUGAAUCGCUCGCACUGCAGAAGAGCGAAGAAAAGAUUCGGGAAUAUUACGUUGAAGCCUGCGAGGCUGCGAUUCGCUUCCAGCGGACUCUGGCAACUAUCAAUCCGUCUCAGCGAGAGGCAUCGCAGGAUGAAUUUGAACGCCGCAUGCAGGAUCUUGCGCGAAAGAAGGAAAGAGAGUGGAAGGACAUGAUCGUCAAGGAAGUCAGGAAACAACAGGCUAUGGAACUGGAGAAGAGGGCUGCAGAGCUACGAGCUAGACGCCCGCCGUCUCGACCUGCCAAGACAGAGACACGGCCACGAGAAAGUGAUUGGGAUUAUGUCGAAGAAUACCCCAAUCCUCGCAGCCACAGGCCGAGUGCAGCGCCAGGUGCCGAGGCUGCUCUGACUCAGCAGCGUCUGGAGGAGUAUUGGAAACGGCAGCACCAGAUGCUAGGGGAAGCGCAGUGGCAGACGAGCUCCUCUCCGCAACCACAGCCCCAGUCCCAGCAGCCUCGGCGGAAGCAGUACGCAAACACCGGCGGACCACGAUGGCUCCGUCUUUUCGCCCACUAUCCAAUACGUUCCACUGGAAUUGGACCCCAGACGAGGCAUCUUGAGCACUCUGGCGCGCUGGAUCACGCGCCCAAAGCGAUCGGCGACGAUAUCGUCAUUCGACUGGAGAGAGGCUGGCCAGAGAAUAACGCCAACAUCGACAUCCAGAAACGAACUCCGCGAAAGCUCCAGAAGCGCAGGACCAACGAAUCGACGACGUCUGCGCCGGCCGCACCUGGAACCGUCCCAAGUCCAGAAGGUGGACGAGAACGAGAACGAGAACGAGAACGAGAGCUCCGAAGAAGAGUUUCCGAUGCGAGGCCGGCAGCCGAUCAAACAACAGCACAAGAGACCCGUACAGAGGUCCCUGCCUCCCGCCUCACGGAAACGGAGGCAAGCCCCAAUCGGUCACGGCCGGCCGCUGAACGGAUGAGCGUCAAAGCUGAUGCGCCUGUGGAUACUCCAAGUGCAAAAUCACAUUUGCAAGAGAAUCCCAGCCAUGGCAAGGACCCCAAGAAAGAGAAGGUGGCCAGUCGUCGCGCCAGGCAGAUGCCCCGGCCUCCCCCCCGUUCCAAGUUUCCAAUGCACUCCUCACGGUUUUAUGAGGGUUUCAGUUCACGCGCAACAUCAAUUGCUGUUUGAUGAUUACGAUUUUAAUGUUACAUUAUCUAUGCCCACCCGGACAGUCUAGCAUAGAACUCAAUUGGACUUUAAUGACGCUUGCUUCCACGUGACCGCGUUACUGCUUGAACAAUGUCCUACUCCAGCAAUCGGGAGGUUUCUGAAUUACAGAACUACGACAUCAUGGAGGUCAUCUGCGAAGGCUACCAAUCCACCGUACAUCUCGUCAACUGCAACCGAGGGCGACUGAGGAAUCGACAGCUCGCGUUGAAGAAGGUCUCCAAUGAUGCAAAAGAACAUACCCUUUCCGCUGCAUCGGCACAACUCCACCUCUCACUCUAUCAUCCCAGUCUCGUGUCGCUCUUCUCGACCUUCUCCACUCCCGACGCGUUGUUUUUCGUGCUCGAACUAUGCGCUGCAGGCAGUCUUGAGAAGUACCUGCAGCGAGGGCCGCUUGCGGAAGAUGAGUUGCGCGGGGUGGUGAAAAGCCUGGCCGAUGGGUUGGUGUAUCUCCACAAACAAGGCAUCGUGCACCGGAACAUAAGCCCCUCGAAGAUCCUGCUGACUUCGGAAGGUCGUGUGAAACUGUCUGGGCUCCAAUUCGCGUGUCGGUCGCCCCCAGAUGAAGAUAAUCAAAAUAUGCGCAUCAAAAUCCCGUACUUCACUGCACCAGAAAUCUUAUCAAACAUGCCCCACUCCUGCGAAGUAGAUGUUUGGUCUUUGGGUUGUGUUAUAUUGACUUGCAUGACAUGCCAACCGCCAUUUAAAGGCAUAUCAUAUGCCUCUAGCGUUGAUCUGAUUCUCCAAGGUUCUUACGAUCUUCCAAGGACUGCUUCCCCUGUGAUUCGUGAUUUGUUGAACGAGACACUUCAAACUAACCCAAGACGACGGUUUCACAUCUCUGAUUUGAUACUCCACUCGUUUCUGGACAUAGAACUUCCCGUCAAGCUCUUGCGGUUCUUGGCAACUGCAAAUAGUCUCAUCAGCAAACACGCUUUAUUUGAAACGAGCGCUGCGAACAAGCCCCCUGCUAUCUCUGUCGGUAAACAACAAUCUCUUCAACCACGUCACUUCUCUGGACCAAGCAAGCUGUCGGAUGGAGCCUAGUUUCUCUACACGGGUGCCGGCAUAUCUAGAAGAAUCGUUUCUGAUCCGCAUCCGACGAUAUCUCGGGGACAGCAAAAGUACCCCGCUUGGCUUUCUGCAAAGGCGCCGCUGAAGGAAAGCAAUCAACCUCAAGUGGAAGUGAAGAGAAGUCUCGCUGAGACUGGUGAUAGUCUACCUGUUGGGACGACACGGCCAAAGCCGUUCACGACCGCUCUGAUGUCGACGGAGUCGCACAAGACUGUUCAAGGAACUCUGACUGUACUCGCUUCGCGCUCGCUACUGGUUGAUUUACGUGUCGGAGAGAGGCGGCGGGGACAAAAAGGCGUUGAGGUCAUGCUUGUCGAUCCGAGCGGGACACGGACUUGCUUCGUGGCAGAUCGAGAUCUACGCGGCACCGCACCUGAGUGCUCCGUGCUGUCUAGCCGAACCGAGCAGGAAGCACACGCUGGAAACGCUCCCGACGUGCUACUGGAAGACAUACAACGACGCUGCGAUCCUGGUACAGCGCAUCAAACAGCGGACGUCCCGGGUGGAUAUGGUUCGCUCAGCUCACUUGCUACAUUCGUUCAAGUUGUUGUUCAGCUGACCUUGCACACUGACGCUGCCAAAUGCGUUCUGAUGGCCAACGAUCCUCAAGCAGACAUCGAACUCUUGCUCCCGGCCACAGGGCCGCCGAAGCUGCGCAUGCGAGUCUCCAGACAAGACGCGUCGGCUGAGAUCGCGACGCAUCGCAUCUCGGAAGAUGGCGGUGAAGAAUGGACCAAGAAAGUGCUCAAGAUCCCCGACAUCAAUGGUGCUCCGUGUAUUCUACCGGCGGAAUGUGAAGCUCUAGGCGCAAACGAGCAAGCCGCUGUCGACGAACUGGAACGCUUCUUGAGUCUGUGCCGCUUUCUGGAGAGCCCCGCAGCUCCACCCCCGAAUUCAAGUUGCACCGCCUCUAGUUUUCCGCAAAUCCACAUCAGCCGGCGUCCGCCGAAAUUCGCGACCUCUGUCGAAUGCGAUCUGGCUAGCGUAGAGGGGAUCCAUUCGUCUGUCACGUGGUGCGAGGAGGCAAGCAGUGAGACCAGAUUUCGUGCAGGAGUGGGCUGGUGUUUGCGCCAGAAAUCCAAGUACAAAAUCAUGUUCUUCGAUGGAGCGGUGCUGGAAGUGGACGUUGACCAGGAAUGCGCCAAGUUGACCGUUGGUGGUCAGACGACGAAGUAG